CCGCAGUCGUCGGGUUUGCCAACCAAACGUGCUUCAUUUUCCAUCGACCAACGCUUCGAACCGUUUCAAAUAUUUUCCGAUUCUGGACUCAGGAUUCAGGACUCGGGGCUGCCAGUGGGAAUCCGCAGAGAAUGCAACGCGACUGCUAUUGAGGUGUACCGAGGGCCAAGAGCAGGCACAGAACCAAAGCCUCAGACGGACCCGGGCUGGCCAUCUUUCGUGGAUGUAGCGGAGCACAGUGGGAGCCAUCGAUACACGGGCAGCGAGGACCAAGGGGACAAGGAGCGUUCGAGGACUGUUGAAAUACAAACAAACGGGCCAUUCAACAACCUCUCGUAGCCGUAUCGAUUUUCCGCUACCUCGUAUACACACACACUAACCCAGUUGGCACUCCACUGGCCAUUACGCAUACGCCCCAUAGCCACCCCAAGAAGCAGAGAGCGUGCGGCGGCUCGACUCCAGCUGCUCCACGCAGGGCCACAGGACCAGGAGAAAUUGAGAGCGCCAGAGCCUGGCGGAUUUGUUGCAUCUCGGUGGAGCGGAGGCAUGUUUCAUUUGGCACUCGCCAGCCGCGGACGGACAACCCACUUAGGGCUACGGCAAUAGCCAUUGUAGAUAGCACUCACCAGCAUCGGAAAUCGCGACCAGUCACGACUUUUUUCCGCUGCAAACCCACAACCGCGGGACAUCCUUCACGCGCAUAAGAGCCCGCCCCAUCCUCCAGGAAUAUCGCAACCACCAGCAGGUGUUCAGCAUGGCGAGACUUCAGCUGCAGCCAGGACUCACGGCGGGGGCGGUGGCGGUGCUGCUAGUGACGAUGGGCCAGGUGCUUGGCCAGGGGCUGCCGCAGGCCCAGGUGUGCCCCGAGCAGAGCGAGAUCGCGCCCUGCAUCUGCACGGUGAAGAAGAACGGGCUGGACAUCCUGUGCGAGACCACCGACCUGGUGCACAUCACCAAGUCGAUGGGCACGCUGAAGGGCAAGAGCCCCAUCAUCUUCUACCUGAAGCUGCGCCACAACAACCUGCCCAAGCUGCAGGGCUUCGUCUUCCUGGCCCUGGACAUCCGCCACCUGACCAUCCACAACAGCAGCCUGGCGGCCAUUGAGGAGAACGCCCUUAGCUCGCUGGGUGAGGGUCUCACCCAGCUGGAUGUCUCCCUGAACCAAAUGAAGACGGUGCCCUCGCAGGCUCUGGGGCACCUGUUCCACCUGUUGAUCCUCAAUCUGAACCACAACAAAAUCACAGUGAUUCACAACAAUGCCUUCGAGGGACUGGAGACCCUGGAGAUUCUGACGCUCUACGAGAAUAAGAUCACGCAGAUCGAACCCGAGGCAUUUCGAGGACUCGAGGACCAUAUCAAGCGCCUUAAUCUGGGUGGCAACGAUUUGAGCAGUGUCCCGCAGAAGGCUCUUUCCAUUUUGGCUACUCUGAAAAAACUGGAGAUCCAGGAGAACAAGAUACGCGCCAUCAGCGAAGGCGAUUUCGAAGGCUUACAGAGCUUGGACUCUUUGAUAUUGGCCCACAACAUGAUCACCACCGUGCCUGCCAAUGUAUUCAGCCACCUUACCCAGCUGAACUCCUUGGAGCUGGAGGGCAACAAGAUCAGUACGAUUGACAAGGAUGCUUUCAAGGGCCUUGAGGAGAACCUACAAUAUCUGCGCCUGGGGGACAACCAAAUCCACACUGUUCCCAGUGAGGCACUGCGUCCGUUGCACCGCCUUCGACACUUGGACUUGCGCAAUAACAACAUCAAUGUCUUGGCCGAGGAUGCCUUCACUGGAUUCGGAGACUCCCUUACGUUCCUCAACCUGCAGAAGAAUGACAUCAAGGUUCUCCCCAGUCUUCUGUUCGAGAAUCUCAACUCCCUGGAGACGCUGAACCUGCAGAACAACAAGCUGCAGCGCAUUCCGCAGGACAUAAUGGAGCCGGUCAUCGACACCCUCCGGAUCAUCGAUAUCACGGACAACCCGCUGAACUGCUCCUGCGAGCUGACCUGGUUCCCCAAGCUGCUGGAGGACCUGAAGAACAAGGACGACGAAAUGUCGCAGAAGAAGAAGCCCCUGUGUCACAUGUCGCUGGACAACCGCGAGUACUUCGUGCAGGCCAUGCCCACCGAGAAGAUGCACUGCGCCGGCCUCAAUGUGAGUCCCUCGCCCACCAGCGGCGGUCUGAUGCGGAUCCUGCAAGUGAACAUCCUGGCCCAGAUCGCCGUGUGUAGCGUGGCCUUUCUGACCGUCUAAACUGAAGCCGCAUCUGUCCAGCUAGACGCGAUGUUCUAUGUGGGUCAGUUUCAGCUUCAGUUUCAGUUCCACCCCCAGACCCAGCCUCAGACUCGGAGCAGUGAUCAGUGAUAGUAAUAGUGCGGUCGCCCCAGUUCCAUUCGGUUUGAUUCGGUUUGAUUCGGAUCGCAGCGUAAAGCAACAUAAAGACCCCUAAAAGCCAAGCGCAGUAGCCAUCCCAGACCCAAGAUCACAGACCUUUCGUUCGUCUACAAACCAUUUCUGUGUUGUUGUAUUGUAUGUUUUCUUAUAGAUCAUAGAGAGUCCGUGAAUUAUGCAACUCUGCCAAUAAUUAGGCUCAGAAAGCACGCUUUUUGACCAGCAGCAAGUCGCAGCAGCCGCAGCGCAGCGAGAGCAUGUCUCCCAACCACCUUGUUGAAUUGAAGCACCUCCAGAGGCAACACCAUCGUCCAACCCACUCCACUCCAGACAUGCACAGUAGCUCGACUCGAAGGGGAGUGCUGGUCUCGACCAGCACAAGGAGAUAUUCAAUUGUUACCGGACAUAGCUUAGAUGUAAGGCUUGAUUUAGGCACCAGUGCACCUGCAGAGGAAAACCAAACUGAAACCCAAACAUAUCAGAAUAUUGUUACGUUUAAGCGAGGGAUUGUGUUGUUAUUCGCGUUAGCCUGUAGGUCCGGAUACCCAUUUAUUGUGUGUAGUCUAUCGUCGUCUUGUCGUCGGUGUUGUGAGAUACAAUCAUUACUAACGCGUUUCGUAGUCCCCCACCUUCUGCACCCAACCAAUCCAACCCCAGAGCAAUCUAGCCUAGUCGAAUUCGACCCAUCCAAUCCUAACCAACUAUUGCCAGUGGUGGCUCCACCCUGGGUGCCAGAGGCAGGCGAAUCGGAGGGAAUCCCAAGAGAAUAUAAGGAAAUUCAUUUGCAUCAAUCACCAAGAACUGAUUAUGGAAUAAGUAGUUUGUACUCUUUAAUUGCCGUGAGCAAGGGGCAAGUACUCCCGACCCCAGUCCUAACUCCCUAAACCCCCCAAAAUCCCCCAAGCGCCUCACAAAAAUCGAGAAUUCAUAUCGUUAUACUGUUAUUAUAUCGUGACAUAUCAAGAGCUCCCAGUAGUAAGACACUCGGACGGCUCUACACUGCUAAGAUAGUGACAUUUUAUAGAAUUUACUUACAUUUUUGAGGCAUCUGACGAGUUUGAUAUUUAUGCAAGAAGCGAAUUAAGCGAAUGUAUAUGCGAGUGGAAUUUUUGGAGAUUUUAUACAUAUACUUUUAUACACACAUACAUACGUACCUUUUCAAUUAUGUCUGUGCAAACUAAGUUGUAAUUCGAUUAGCUAUUAACACCGACACCCCAUCCGGCCGCAUCCCUUCCCACUCCCACCACCCAACCGACCGGUGGCUUGGGUCAGUAGCCACACACUGGAGGGCGGUGGCGCGGGAGGAGCGAUUGCGGACCCGAAAAUAUUUUGAAGAGAGUGCGCCGCACCACCGAUUCGGGUCAGUUUCCUUGGGCCAGAGCUCUUCUCUUCAAAAUAUUGCUAAAACAGUCCCAUCGAAAGCUGGGCUUGCAUAACGUCUCCGUGGGAACAAUAGUUCCCCCGUGGGACAUCAAUGAAUCUAACUAAUAAAGAAUCCAUGUUGGUUACAAGUGCAA